GUGAAUUUGCAUUAAACCGAUUAAAUAGCCGAACUUGUUGACUCGGGUAACAUCGGACAAACUCGGUAAAACUCGGAAAAUUAUAGGCGCACAACUUAGCGUAGCGUUUGCGCAAUAAACUGAAUGAUGGAGGCAGUGCUGAAAAGGGAACUUGGCUGCAGCAGGGUCAAGGAGCUCGGACACUCAGGGGGAGGAUGUAUCAGCGAGGGACAGAGCUACAACACUGACAGUGGGACUGUCUUCACCAAAAUUAACCACAAAAGCCAGGCCCGGCUUAUGUUUGAUGGAGAGAAAGCGAGCUUGGAUGCCAUUAUCGCUACAAACACAAUCAGGGUGCCAAAACCCAUAAAGGUUGUGGAUCUGGAACGUGGAGGAGCUGUGCUGAUUAUGGAGCAUGUUGACAUGAAAUCUCUUAACAGGUACUCGGCUCAGUUGGGGGAGCAACUAGCUGAACUGCAUUUACAUAAUAAAAGACUGAAGGAGAGGCAGGACAGAGGAGAGCAAACUGUCGGAAAGGGUUCUGGUCAGUCUGAAGUCCCGGUCAUCGAGAAGUUUGGGUUUCAUGUGCAAACAUGUUGUGGCUACAUCCCUCAGGUGAAUGAGUGGCAGACAGACUGGGUGUCAUUUUACUCCCAGCAAAGACUGCAGCACCAGCUGAGCCUGGUGGAACAGUCAUACGGGGACAGAGAAGUCAGAGAAUUAUGGGCCAGCCUCCAGCUUAAGAUCCCUCACCUGUUUGCUGGUAUAGAAGUAACACCUGCACUUCUUCACGGCGAUCUGUGGAGCGGCAAUGUGGCCGAAUGCUCAGACGGCCCCAUCAUCUUCGACCCAGCCUCCUAUUAUGGUCACUCCGAAUUUGAGCUAGCAAUCGCAGGGAUGUUCGGUGCCUUUGGGAAGACUUUUUACAACACCUACCAUGAGAAGAUUCCAAAAGCACCUGGGUUUGAGAAGAGACAUCAGCUGUACAUGCUGUUCCACUAUCUGAACCACUGGAAUCACUUUGGUACCGGCUACAGAGGCUCCUCACUGCGCAUCAUGAAAGAGCUUUCCAAAUAGAUGAUCUGGUAGAGCUUCAAUCUGUACGGUUUAAAAAUUGGUUCUGGCUGUUUGAAUUUCUGAACGUUUUAGACCUGAAAGGGUUUUUUUCACUCAUAGUGGGUUGGAUAAAAUCUAGCAGAUGCUAGGCUAUUUUGACAUUUGCUUUUCGCUUGAUCAGAUGAUUGUAGCUUUAAUAACACACAUAACAUAUUCAUUGUAGAUGUCUUGCUUGAUUCUGCUUAGCCACACUGAUACUAAAGCACAUUCCACUAGUUUAAAGAAAAACUUUUCAUGCUACGUGAUUGUUAACUCUUAAAUAAACAGGGCCAGUGAUAGCUCGGUGGUUAAGGUACUGGACUAGUAAACAGAAGGCUGCCAGUUCAAGCCCCGCCACCACCAAGUUGCCGCUGUUUGGUCCCUGAGCAAGGCCCUUAACCCUCAAUUGCUCAUCGUGUUCCGCUCAUUGUGUAAGUCGCUUUGGAUAAAAGUGUCUGCUAAAUGCUGAAAAUGUAAAUGUAAAUAACAAAUGAUAGAGCAUGUUGUGUGCAUUUGCAUUAACAAAAACAGUGAAACACUUAUCUUUACAUGUUGCUACUUAAUGAAAUGCAUUUCAUUUUUAUAUAAUUGAUUUUACACCUAUACAAAGGUUGUGGCUAAAACACUUGAACUUAAUAAUUAGGAAGGGUGUUUACAUACAUGACCAUAUUGUUGUUUCAGUGUUAUGCAGUCUUAAUCUCUGCAGUGCAUAGAAUAAAACUGAGAACCAAUGUAAGCUUAAACAGCUUUGUCUUGAUUUUCAUUUGAUUGUUUGCUAUGUAUACUGUGUACACCAGCUGUAUACACCGAUCAGUCAUAACAUUAAAAUCACCUCCUUGUUUCUA